AUGGCACCUGCACUUCUUACGGCGCUUGAUGCGACUUCGCAUAUUCACCUCAUAGUUGGAUCCAAUCCACUCGCCGGCGCGCGCUGCACUCGCUCGAUAGAAGUCGGCGCAAAACCCAUAUUACUCGCCCCGGAAGAUGCCACCCUUCACUAUGGUCUUGCCAAGCGCAUCGAGACUGGUGAAGUGGAAUGGCUGAAGCGAAGUUUCAGAGACGAGGACCUCACUGCACUUGGCCGCCCUGAAGUGGAUGGUGUGGUGGACGCUGUAUUUGUUACCGCGGGCGGAAAGCAUGCAUCAGCGAUCCAUAUCUCAAAUCUUUGCCGAAGACUGCGCAUACCAGUCAACGUCGCCGAUGCACCGAACCUAUGCUCCUUCACGCUCCUUUCCACACAUACCGACGGUCCUCUUCAGAUUGGUGUAACAACUUCUGGCAAGGGCUGCAAACUUUCUGCAAGAAUUCGGAGAGAGAUUGCAGCGUCGCUCCCCCCACGUCUGGGCGAUGCAGUGGAGAAGUUGGGUACAUUACGGAGACGCAUAUGGGAAGAAGACCACGCAGCCGAACUUUCGCAGGAUCUAGAAGCAGAGGAGGAAGACAGUGGGCAGCCGGCCACGUUCAACAAGCUGAUUCUGGAGGAGAGCAAGGAGGCAGCGCGGGGCCGUCGCAUGCGUUGGCUAACGCAAAUAUGCGAGUAUUGGCCCCUCCGCCGUCUGGCAAGCAUCACCGACGCAGAUGUGAAUAUGCUGUUCCGCGAAUUCGCUAGCAGUAGCCCCUCCAAAGUCGGACCCACUGCUACUGCACCAGAACGGGUAGGCCGAAUUAUUCUCGCAGGCUCCGGUCCCGGCAACCCAGAUCUCCUUACUCGCGCAACACACAAAGCCAUCCUGUCUGCUGAUCUCAUCCUUGCUGACAAGCUUGUCCCCGCACCCAUCCUCGACCUUGUGCCCCGCCGAGCAACCGUGCACAUUGCGCGCAAGUUCCCAGGCAAUGCAGACAAGGCACAGGAAGAACUUCUUGAAAUGGGUCUGGAGGGAUUGAAGGCCGGCAAAGUGGUAGUACGGAUAAAGCAGGGCGACCCGUACAUCUACGGUCGUGGCGGAGAAGAAUACGACUUCUUCCGCGCACACGGCUUCACACCUAGCGUACUUCCCGGCAUCACGAGCGCCCUCAGCGCACCACUUUUCGCCGCGAUACCUGCCACACACCGCGGCAUCGCAGACCAGGUGCUGAUUUGCACGGGCACAGGCAGAAAGGGCGCUCCGCUCGAUCCCCCGGAAUUCGUCGCCUCCCGCACCCUUGUCCUGCUCAUGUCGCUGCACCGCCUCUCUGCCCUGGUCGACAGCCUCGUCGCCAAAGCCUACCCUCCCGAUCUUCCCGUCGCCGUGCUCGAACGCGCCUCGUGUCCCGACCAGCGCGUCAUACGCACAACGCUCCAACACGUCUGUGCGGCCGUCGAGGAGGAAGGAAGCAGGCCGCCUGGUCUGCUCGUCGUCGGCAACGCAUGCAAGGUCCUCAUGAAGUACGAGCAGCGAUGGAUUGUCGAGGAAGGGUUCCACGGCCUGGAUAAUCUAGGUGGCGACGGCGAGCUGGAUAUUAGUAGACUUGCUACUGAAGCUGCUGCUGCUACUACUACUGGUCCCAUCGCUGUGUCUUAG